AUGAAUAAGAUCUUACUAUCAGCUGCUCUAUUUAUUGCACAAUCUACUGCUAUCUAAGUGAGUCAAGCUCUAUAGAAAAGCAGAGCUGAAAGUGCUUGGAGACAAGAAGUAACCAACAAGUUCAGUUGGAAUGCAACUUAAGAGCUUAAUUGGUCAGUGAUCAAUGCCUUCAUUGAUGUCUAAACUUCCCCAGAUGGCGAUGUCUAUGCCAUUCAAAACAUAUCUUCAGAGUAGUCUACUCCCAAGUACUAUGUUUACUUACAUAAUACCACUUCCAAUGUGUGGACUUUAACUGAUUCUACCUUCCAAGCAAAGGCUGUCAGAUUCGACAGAUUCGGAAAUAUUUUCUAUCUUAGUGCAGAUAAUUGCGUCCAAAACUAAGAAAAAAUAUCUUUGGUGUGCGGAGUCAAAGACUUUGAGGUCACUGUCGACAAAAAGAUCUAUGGACUUAAUGAUGGUACAGGUAUUCAUACAACUGAUACUCUGAAUGGACAAUGGAAUAUAGCCACCUCUGAUACCUCAUAUUCUUAUAAGGUUCUCGCUGGAUACAAAGGAAUUACAUUAAAAUGGGUAAGUUGA